UGCGGCGCGCGUGCUCAGAAGAAUGGGGGCGCCUGGGGCGGUAACUCUGUAGCAAGUCCCGCCUUGUCCUGGACCCCACGCCGGCAUUUGCAGCUCCCGGCCGGCAAGAGGCCACUGGAUUCCGGUUGUCAGCUCUAGCUGAGCAGAGCGAGGAGGCGGCGACGAGCCAGGUGCCACGAUGGCCGCGAACUACUCCAGUACGGCUAACAGAAGAGAACACACGAAAACAACAGCAAGCCCCCAGCCAGGCUUCCUGGAGCGGCUUAGCAAGACCUCGGGUGGCAUGUUUGUGGGGCUCAUGACCUUCCUGCUCUCCUUCUACAUAAUUUUCACCAAUGAGGGCCGCGCGUUGAAGACGGCGACCUCCCUGGCUGAGGGGCUCUCGCUUGUGGUGUCCCCGGACAGCAUCCACAGUGUGGCUCCGGAGAACGAGGGGAGGCUGGUGCACAUCAUAGGGGCCCUGCGGACUUCCAAGCUCUUGACUGAUCCAAACUACGGGGUGCAUAUUCCAGCGGUGAAGCUGCGGCGCCACGUGGAGAUGUACCAGUGGGUAGAGACGGAAGAGUCCAGGGAGUACACUGAGAAUGGGCAGGUGAAGACGGAGACGAGGUACUCCUACAAUACCGAAUGGAAGUCGGAAAUUGUCAGCAGCAAAAACUUCGACCGGGAGAUUGGGCACAAAAACCCCAGUGCGAUGGCGGUGGAGUCAUUCACGGCCACAGCCCCCUUUGUCCAAAUUGGCAGGUUUUUCCUCUCGGCAGGCCUCAUUGACAAAGUCGACAACUUUAAGCCACUGAGCCUGUCCAAGCUGGAGGACCCCCACGUGGACAUCAUCCGCCGGGGAGACUUUUUCUACCACAGUGAGAACCCUAAGUAUCCAGAGGUGGGAGACCUGCGUGUCUCAUUUUCCUACGCAGGACUGAGUGGCGAUGACCCCGAUCUGGGUCCUGCUCACGUGGUCACUGUGGUUGCCCGGCAGCGGGGUGACCAGCUAGUCCCAUACUCCACCAAGUCUGGGGACACCUUGCUUCUCCUGCACCACGGGGACUUCUCAGCAGAGGAGGUGUUUCAUAGAGAACAAAAGAGCAACUCCUUGAAGACCUGGGGCCUGCGGGCUACUGGCUGGAUGGCCAUGUUUAUGGGCCUCAACCUCAUGACCCGGAUCCUCUAUACCCUGGUGGACUGGUUUCCUGUCUUCCGAGACCUGGUCAACAUUGGCCUGAAAGCCUUUGCCUUCUGCGUGGCCACCUCACUGACCUUGUUGACUGUGGCUGCUGGGUGGCUCUUCUACCGGCCCCUGUGGGCCCUCUUCAUCGGCUGCUUGGCAUUGGUGCCCAUCAUCAUUGCUCGGACACGGGUGCCGGCCAAAAAGCUGGAGUGAAACAGGCCUGGCACCUGCCUGACCCAAGCCACCACCUCCCCCUCCCACUGACCCAGCAUGAGUCCAGGUCAGUUUUUGACCCCACUUUCCCUCCACUCUUCAAGGUGCCUGACUUGGCAACACGCACGUGCUAGGAUUUGGUGUUCAUCAGCUAACGUCUUCUCCACCCCUUCUCUUGCCAAUAAGCAGCUUUGGUGGGCAGAAGGCAGCUUACAUCUAGCAGUGUAACAAGCAUUCUCCUUUUGUUCCCUUCCCUUCUGUUGUAACCUGGUGUGUGUGGCCGGCUGAACUUGUUUCACUCGGCUCAUCUGUGUGAGGUGACGAAGCAGUGACACUCCACAGAGACCUGCUGAUAAAGGGCUCAGCCUCAUCACUUGCUUCUUCCCGUCAUUGAAGACUAUAGUGUCAGGAUGCUGCCACAACCAUCAAACCUAUCUAUGGCCUUAAAGGGUGACCUUUAGUUAUUGCUAAGCACUACUGGAUUACCAAGACAAAGCACUUGCCCAGCAAUGCCAGUGCACCAAAAACCGAGUGUUUGGGUAGAACUUGGUUUGAUACUUUAAAACAAACAAAAAACACUCGAAGAUGUCAUGAUGAGAAAAAAUUAAAAAUUUAUUGGGCUUUAUACGUAUUUUAGGAAACCUUGGUGAUGUAGAGGUUAAGUGCUACAGCUGCUAACCAAAAGGUCGGCAGUUCGAAUCCCCCAGGCGCUCCUUGGAAACCCUAUGGGGCAGUUCUACUCUGUCCUACAGGGUUGCUAGGGGUCAGGAUCAACUCGAUGGCAACGGGUUUGGUUUUUCUUAUGGUUUGGCGGAAUCUUUUUAGUGUAUUAAAAAAAAAAAAAACCGUUGCUGUCGAGUUGAUUCCAACUCCUAGCGACCCUAGGAGAACUGCCCCAGUUUCCAAGGAGCGUCUGAUGGAUUCAAACUGCCGACCUUUUGGUUAGCAGCUGUAGCUCUCAACCACUAUGCCACCAGGGUUUCCUUUUAGUGUAUAGGAUCUCCAAAAAGUCCUUUUUAUAAGCUUUUCUUUGCUAUGAUGAGUAAUCUCUUGUGUACUUUCCUACCCUGAGGGAAUUUUUUGAAAUAAGAUUUAAAAAACAAAAUGAACAAACUCCUGAAUGAUUAACAUUUCAGACUGUUACAGAAAAACACCCUUUAACCUAUCAGCUGAAGUUAAUUCAGAGCACAGGACCGUGUUAAAUUGGGUUAUGGCUUAGCUGGUAAAAAUAAAAAGUCACCUCUGUCACUACUCUGGGUUAUUUGGGAAGCUUUAAGAAGCUUUUGAAACAAGCGUUAGGCAAGGAUUUCUUUUUACCCUGGGAUGAGAUGGGGAAUCUCUACCGGAUGGAGAAAAGCAUUUCCUUUCAUCCUCUGGUGUCAUGAACGGCCCACUUAAAAAUAGUUUUGAGUUUUUAGUCAGUCAUUAAAAGGUUGGACGCUUUAUAUCAGGUGGGCUCCUACAUGGUGGCCCCCAGUCAACCAAAGUCAAGACUCAGGCUGCAGGCUGGCUGUACAAUGCCCACGUCUGGCCUGUUCCUUCAUCGCAGAGUGCCGACAUUGGCACCUGGGCCUCAGGAGGCUGCUCUGGGAGGUUCUUGUCUCCUUAAUCUCCUCCCAAGUAAGAUCCACCCAUGCUUAAUUUAUAUAAUCUCUAAAUUUCCCAACUACUCUUAUACCCUUUUAAAGUGUGUUGUAACCUUGAUGUCUUAAGAGAUUCUUUGUGCAUCUUUUUUCCCAAUAUUCAGGAACUGUUUUGCCUUUGCUGGGAGUGUUCGCUUUUUUAAAUAAGUAUUUGAUAGCUGAAAAAGGGGUCAGAAUUUCUGAAACUGGUGACCGAAUAUUCUGUUGUCCUGGGGUAUCUGUGCUCUAGAUUCUUCAUGUUAAAAAGAAACAGCCAGCCCCACAGAUGACUUUUCUGGGUUUAAGUACUGAACUAGUAUCCGCUACUGCUUAUUGAACGAGCAGUGCCAUCUAAGCUCUUAACAGAGCCUUUAAGAAAAGACAGUAUAACAAGAUGAAAGCUCUUGGGAUUUGAGGUUUGUAUAGUUUUCCCUAAUACAGAUUUUAAAUUACAAUUUAAAAACUGUUCUCAAAGAGCAAAAUAAUGUAAAGAAAAACCUGGAGCUUUUGAAAAAUCACCAUGAAAUUUGUAUUACCUUUGUAUUUUUGAUAAAAAUUCAAAAUAAAAUUUUAAGUAUCUUUUGGUAUAGAAACUUGCCAUUAUCCUUUUAUUUUCAUUCUUUCUGAAAUUUCUAUCUCAGAGACUUUAGUCACAGAACUUAACUAUGAAUUUUAAGAACCCACUGGGUUCUAAAUUGUUUUUAGUGGCUAGUGGCCAUUGUUCUUCAACUUUUUUUUUUUUAAAAAAGGGCAACUCAAUAUUUCUAGCACUUAGAAGCCUUACAUGCCAACGCCUACUUAGCUUUGGCUUGAUUUAGUCAGUGACUCAUACUUCACUCAUCUUCAGAAUGUGCCAGAAGACACGGAAUGGGGCAGCAGUAUGAAACAGUACAAAGGGCAUCAUGGGCUUUGGGUCAACACAAAGACCUGAGUCCAGGUCCCAAGUCUGCCACUGAUUGGAUGUGUGACAUUGGGCAAAUGACCACCAAGCCCGUUUCCUCAUCUAAAAUUGGGACAAUGUCCUUCUGUCUCAGAUAAAGCCCAUGAAAUGCCUCAUUGUCCACCCUGAAGCUAGCAAUUUGAGAACUUAUUUUUGUUAAAAUUGAAACAGGUGAGAUAACUUUCCCAAACCCACUUUUAUAUUUCUCAAAACCUAAUGUUUUAUUGCAUUUCCAGAAUACCUCCUAGUAGCUGGCAUCUGCUUGAAUGAACUACUUCUCCAGACACAGGACUAUACCCUUGACUCAAAGCACCAGAAAACAAGUCGGCUCACCUCUAGGAGAGCAUGGGUAUUGGUACAGGAAGUGUGAGACUCCAGUUUCCAUAGCAACACCAGUGUGUUUCUCAACAAGAGUGUUCCAGCCAGGCUCUUGCUGCAUGAGUCACACCCCAAAGGUUUUGUUUCCCUGGGAUAAAACUUCCUCAGAUUUUUAGUGGCUCCCGUCAAAGAUUAAGUAGUAUCUUCUGUUUUCAACAGAAAAAAAAAAAUUCCAUCUAUGUAAUGAUGAGCCUAUAGGAAAUCACUAUCUGAUUUCUAAUGUAGUCUCAACAUGUGUACAAAUUGUUACGUUAUUUGGGUGUUCUUAACUGACAAAAUCUCAAAGAAAAUGUAGAGUUGAGUCUUUUUAGAUAAAUGCUUUAUUUUUUUCUCAAAAUAUUAUAAAACUUGUUUCUCUGAGUAUCUACACUGGCAUAUAGCUUUGUAAAUUUAUCCAGGAAUGAAUUACAUCUAGUUUAACAUUGGUCUACUUUUAUUAACAUUUCUUUGAUUCUCAAUUAGUUAUUCUUUCCUGAUUUUAGCUCUUAGUUCUAGUCUUCUGCAGCCACAAAGUGUAACUUCGAAAAGUAGGUCCCACCACCAUCACAACCCGAGAUGGUCUGCACUCCUCUGCGCUCUCUCAUGUGACAAGAGGCAGCAUUAGGCAGUAUUAGUGAACCUGAUUCAGGGGAGAAAUAAGUGGUCUUCAGAGAAAGUCUGAAAGAGAGGCAUGAGCACACUGACAGUUGAAGGAUUUAACUGGAAGAAAGGACCACUGUGUUCCUCAGUGACCAUCAUCUCAAGUCCCCAGUGGUGUCUAUAAAAGAGCUGACCCAUAUUUCCAAAGAUGGGAAGAAUAAGGCUGAGGUGGCAGGAGAGUAUCUCCUGGAGAAGUUUCUCAUAGCUCAAAGGCUAGGGCUUGGUAGCAAAAAGCUUUCAAAGUCCUAUCCUGGGUGAAUCCAAGAAGACCGGGGCCAGACCAAACUGCAGCGUGACUUCAGUGUGACCCUUCUGUCCUCCGGCCAGUGUCUGUAGUGCAUGCUGCUUCUGCUUCCUUCUCAGCAGAAAAGCCACUGCUCUGAGGUGCCUGGGCACCCCCCAAGGGCAGGCUGAGGCCUGCAGUGGUGGAACACAUGAGAAGGUAAACUCUAGCAUCACAGCUUCUCAAAUGGAAACAGAUGAGAAGCUGCCUCUUUCUUUCCCCUUCUGGUCUUCUUAGAGCACUUCUGCUUCUGGUCUUCAGUUUCUCGGUUCUGGGGCCAAGAGGCAGCCAAGAUCCUGGCUGCUUCUGCUUGGGAGCUGGUCCCCUCCUCUUCAUCAGAAGAAAGCCCGCCUCCUCCUGCAUCUGUGUGGAGAGCUACUGCCUCACUCUGCAGAAGUGGGAGGACAGGGGAGGGGAAACAUAGGGCACGUGUCAGUGAAGAGACAGUGGGGAGUGCUGUCAAGAGGCACAACAGCUCACAGUACUUGACUCAGCUACCAGUCAAGCCUGAGUGGUGUGGCUCUGGUGAAACACAGGCAUUGGUGGGAAGAGGCAAGACUUCCUAGUUCUCCACAUCGGCACUUGCAAGUAUUGCUUCCUACUCACGUGGCUCCUUCUAUGUCUUCCUCGGAUCAGGGCUCAUUUAAACAGGUCCUGGAGAGCCUGCUGUAAGCUGAGCGUGGGGGAGUGCAAAGAUGUUGGGGCAGCUUGUACUCAAAUCUAGGAGAUAAGUGUGACUGGUGCUUUGCAUUUGUUACCCCAGUUUUGAGCAAAAAUAUGUUAUAGAGUGAAAGCGUAUCUAUAGAAGACCAAUUAAUUCAAAGAAUGGAAGAAUAUAGUACAACAACAUUAAACAUAAUUGAGGAGUUAAGGGAAAACACAAAGUUCUAAAAGAAAUAAGGAAAGCAAUGCAAGAACAAAACCAGGCUCUGAAAAAAAAGAUAAAAAGAAACCAAACAAAAAUAUUGCACCUGCAAGGGACAAUAACUGGAAAGAAACACACAAUGGAAGGAUUUAACAACAGAUUUAAUCAGGCAGAAGGAAGAAUACUGAAGAAGAGAAUAAGGCAGUUAAACUUGCAGACACUGAAAAGCAACAAGAACAGAGGCUGAAGAAGGCUGGGCACAAUUUACUGGAAUUAUGGGACAACAAGAGAUCUAAUAUAUACAACAUGGGAAUUUUGGAGGGUGAUGAGAGAGAAAAGGAUAGAUAGAAUAUUUGAAGAAAUAAUGACAGGAAAUUUCCCAAUCUGACAAAGGAUAUGAAUCUACAAAUCCAAGAAGCUCAAAGAACCCCGAGCAGGAUAAACCAAAAGAGAUCCACAUCAAGAAACAUCAUAGUCAGGCACCCAAAAAGUAAGGAUAAAGAGAGACUCCUGAAAGCAGUGAGAGAGAAGCAAACAGUCACAUAAAAGGAUUCCAAAUAAGAUUAAAUACCAAUUUAUCCUCAAACACUGGAAGCCAGAAGGCAACAGAAUGAUACACUGUCAACCAAGAAUACUAUACCCAGUGAAACCGUCCUUCAACAAUGAGGGUGAAACUGAAACGUUCCCAGAUAACACAGAAGCUGAGACAGUUCAUAUCCACCAGGCUGGCCCCACAAAAAAUACUAAGGGGAGUUCUGUAGAUGCAAGGGAAAAGAUACUAGAAAGCAAUUCGAAGCCAUAUAUUUAAAAAAAAAAAACCUAAUAAA